AUGGCUCCAAUUAUUCUUAUCAGUACGGUAGCGAUCCACGGAACAUUGCGAAAUUUACCCAGAAAGAGCCAGUCUAGGGAGGCGGAAGCCUAUGAAAAACAGCCAAACCACAGUAACAAGGGGCAGAUAUGUAUGAUCUCGUUCGUUUACGAAAGAAAUGGGACAAUAGACGUAUGUCACAGAGAGAUCGGAGAAAGAACUGCCUGA